AUGGGGAGGGCGGGUUCGGGCGCGCGCGCGCGGCGGCAGCCAAUGGGCGCGGAGGACGCCGGGGGGGACACGGCCAAGGUGACGCUCCCCACAGAGCCGCUGCCGCCGCCGGCCCGAGCGGACCCUGCGCAGGUNGAUCCCGAUGGGAUCAGGACCGAGUGGAUCCCGCCGUGCCCAUCCCUGAUCCCAUCCCGCCUUUCCCGCUGCAGAGGAGGCGCUCCCGGGCUGCAGCGCCGGUACUCGGAGGCCACGCUGGCCAGCGACUACAGCCGCACCAUGGACCACGUGCUGGGCAAGAACUUCGUGGAGUGGCUGCUGGCCCGGCGCGAGAGGAAAAGCCAGGACGUCGCGGAGCCGCUCAGGAGAGAGGCCGAGCCCCAAAAAACGCCGCAGAAAUUGGAUUUGGGAGCUCCGGGAGCCACAGAAUUCCUGGCGUGGCUCUGGAAAAACGAGGAAAACCAGAGUUUUCCGGCUCUGGAAGGCUCUGAGGGCCUGAGGGAAUUCUUGGAGCAGGAAUUCCUGACGUGGCUGAUGUCGGGAGAGCUCUGCAGGGCCACGUGAGUUCCAAC